UGUCCUCUCUGGUGGUGAUGCUAAACUAGAGAGCCGCCGCUUGGCCGCCUUACCUGGAAUGGAUUUAGAGGAAGCUUUUCAAGUUGUCGGCGAGUUUGGACCUUACCAGAAGCGGGCGGUGUCUGUCCUUGUUCUGACACAGGUGUACAUGGCCUGUCAGUCCAUGCUGAUUGUUCUGAUUGGAUUCACGCCACAGUAUCGCAUCGAGCAGCAGGACGGUGUCCCAUCCAACCAGCAGGAGCUCCUCCAACACGUCACCUUUACCGAGGACGUCGACUCCAUAGUGACAGAGUGGUUUCUCAUCAAGCAGCAGGCAUAUAAGGUCAGCCUAGCUGGAUCGUUGUUCUUCGCCGGGCUUCUGGUCGGGAACAUCAUCUUUGGGCCACUCUCUGACAGGAUCGGCAGGAGACCUGUCUACUUGACAUGUCUGUUUUUUGAGGUGGUCUUUGGUUACGUGACCGCCUUGGCCCCCAGCUACGAGGUCUUCGCCCUGUCUCGUUUCCUGGUGGGGCUGAUGAACGGCGGCAUCAAUGUCUCCUGCUUCGUUCUCACUCAGGAGUACGUGGGCAAGUCCUACUGGGCCAUGACUGGGACGUUAGUCAACAUGAGUUUUGCAGUCGGCAUCGCCCUGUUUGGAGCUCUGGGCUACCUUGUCCGGCCGUGGAGGAACCUGGCCAUAGUCGCUAACUCAUCUGGUGUCCUGUUCUUCCUGCUGUCUGUAGCUCUUCCAGAGUCUCCUCGUUGGCUGUAUUCUCAGGGUCAGACGGAGCGAGCUGAAGAGGUUCUGCGCUACAUGGCGCUGAGGAACGGCAACACUGCCAACAACCUGAUGCUGCAACGUGUCGGUGCUGCAAAGGCCGGUAACCGCAACAACAGGGGAGCGGGUGUCCUGCAGCUGGUGAUCCAUCCAGUCCUCCGUCUGAGGACCAUGGUGCUCAUGUUUGUCUGGUAUGCGUGCAGUCUGGUGUACUAUGGUCUGACUCUGGGGGCCAGUGACACAUCUGGUAGCCGUUAUGUCAACGUAGCCAUGUAUGGCCUGGUGGAGCUGCCUGCCUACCCGCUCUGCAUAUACUUCAUCAACAAACACUGGGCUGGGAGGAGGAAGAGCAUGGCUAGCUUCCUGUGUCUGGCUGGCUCCGCCUGCCUCUGCACCAUGUUCAUCCCUGAAAACACAGGGACGUUGCUGAGCAUUACGUCGUUGGCGCUUCUGGGAAAACUAAUGGUCAGUGCAGCGUUCAACAUCGCCUACGUCUACACCUCUGAACUCUACCCAACUGUUAUCAGGAACGCUGGUUUGGGCGUUUGUUCUAUGUCGUGCAGAGUUGGAGGAAUCCUCGCACCGUUUGUUCCUUCCAUGCGGGCUCUCCACGCGUCCAUGCCCUUCACUGUGUUCUGUCUGAGCGGCCUGUCUGCAGGCUGUCUGGGCCUCCUGCUGCCUGAAACCCUCAACAGACCUGCAGCAGAGACUCUGGAGGAGCUCAGCAGCCCGACCCACAGCCGAGUGCUGGAGAGCAAGGCUCUUUUAUAUGAAGAUGACAAAUGAAAAAUCAAAGCACAAAUGAAGCCAGCGGCCUCCAGUUGUCAUCACCAGAGCAGCUCAGAGCAGCGGCACAGAUUGUCCUCACCUCAUUCCUUAAUAUGGAACUACUGCCUCAAAAAACGGUGAACUGACCUUUUAAAUUAACUUGAGGGACCGAUCACCAUGUUUACGUCUGUGAACUCUGACAUUUCAAAUGGGGUGUGGGAAGUAGAUGCUGCCUUCAGAGAGUGUGCGUAACAGACUCGACGGUUCCUCAUGUAUGUAAUUUUACAGAAACAGUCGAACAGUCGACCCCGAUCCUUUUAUUUAAUUUCCUGAAUAUCGUCAUGGUGCUUGUGCCUUACUCGGAGGUUGACAGCCGAGAGAGGCAGCAAAGAUAUGACUGAACUGAUUCAUGACUGCCAUUACAUGUCAGAGAUGGCGGGAAGUUGGAAAACCAAACUUGCCGCCAGUGACAGUUCCCAAAACAGAGUUAUUUGACAUGACGCCACACAUUUUUAGUUUACACAUGUGCAGUUUUUCUUAAAAUACAGUGAAGUUAGAUUUUUUUAGGAGUGCAUUUAUUUCCAGGAGGAAAUGAGCCUGAUGCUCUUGUGUCUCCGGCAGCGUCUCUAGCUCCAUCCUGUACACAUGCUAAAGUGUUAGCAUGCAGUUGCUAAGAGUAGACACACACUAAUUGGGGAAUGUUUACAGAUUUGAUUGGGUACAACGUUAGCUGUUGUCAUGGGAACAGGAGCUGAGUUUGACACAUGUUGUCAAGAUUAAAAUCUAGCUGAAUGUUUUUUUGGGUGUCCGACACUGUAAAAGGUCACAGUACAUGUUCAAACCUGUGACUAUGAGUGUGUUUACAUGCACGGUUUUCAAAGCAAGUGGACCCUUUUCCAGUUGACCUAUUAUGUCUCAGAACAAACAAUCAACAAACAAGUGAGCUACGGUUAGAUAGCGGCAAACUGGUACCAUGGUGGACAACUGUACAGCUCUGUUCAUUUUGUACGUCAGAAAACGCACAGCUCUGGAUGUAGAUUUCGCCAUGUUGUUACUGGCUUCUUCUUCUGUCAGGCAUUUAAUGCUAUUCGACUUCUGGGAAGAAUUCAACUCCCAAUUACAUUACCUAGGUGUGUUAGUCCGACUUUGACAAAUUCAAUUUAGUGUGAUUACAGUCGGACUAAAAUGUUUAUAUGUAUUUUAAAAGUCUGGUUUUAGUCGGCUAAGACAAUAAAUACAUUUUUUCUAAUGUCGUGUAAACAUACUGACUGAAACUAAGUCCUUGUCAAGCAAGAGUGACGAUUCUCACUUGACCAAUCAAUGGACUGCUUAAACUGAACUCAGCUGAACAGGAUUGCUUGGUGAAAACGAGAGUCUUGAUGCCAAACAUAUUACCCUGCUGAUCCAUCAGGGCACCGUCAUACAGGACAUAGUUUAAGUUUUCUGUGCAGCAGGUUUCACUCAUCAGAGUUUUAGCUCUUUGUGUAGAUGACAGGAAAACCCGUCGCUUUUUUAGCAAUAGAGUUUAAGUUAUACAUUCUUGUGGCAUAGAGGUGAAGUCACAUUACACUCACUUCCUGCGAUUUUUCUCCCAUUCACUUUAAUGGCAGUUUGUGUGACUCACAGGUCAGCACUACACUGGACACAACUUGAUCACUCUCAAACUGUACCGUGCCAGCAAGAAAUAUAAAUGAAUAAGUAACAAGCAAAGAAAAUAAAACACAAUGCCCGGCAGUCAGCUUUUUAAUAAACUCAUCAAAGCUUUAAUCAUUUCAUCAUCAUUUUAUGCAAAAUCAUGCAACACUACAGCCUGAGGGUCGGUCAUGAGCUGAAGGCGGAAGUUUUUGGACCUCGUGGGGGAAUCAUUAUUAUUGUGUAGGUCAGAUUUUUUUUUUUUUUUACUUCAACUUUAUUACUAUUAUUAUCCCGAAGGAAAUGUGAUCCGCAGCAGGCAUUGAGACGCCAGAAAUACGUAAAGUACAACAUCAGAAACAAAUACAAAACUGACUGCAUGAAGCUGGUGACAAGUGGGUCCAAUACAAGUCAGUCAUUUCACCCCAGCUGUGGGCUGAGUUAUGUUUAUUUUCUCUUAUCAUGUGUGGAGGGGUUUAAAGGCCACAACUAAAAUAUAAAUGAUUAUCUAAUUAAAUGCUUAAACAGAUGAAUAAAUGUAUAAAUAUAUUGCUGGACAAGUUUGACAAGAAGAAACAUAGCGACGCUGGUUCUGUUUAGUGGGGUGCAGCAGUUUUUCUGCGUCAAUAGAGCGACAAAAAUGAAUUUGGACAAAAAAAGAAAAUUAUGCUUUUGACCGAUGUCUGAGCCCCAUUUUAACAUCACAUUUCACCACCCCAUAGCAUCCUCGUGUGCACUGCAAUGCACAGAAGGACAUUUCCUGUGAUCUUUUCUGGCCAACAAUAAUUCAUUUCAAUUUAAAAAUACAUCAGCAACCAGCUUAUCUUCGGUUUUUCCCAAAUCUGUUUAACGUUAAAACAGAACUAAGGAGGAAGCAAAUCUGGUUGAAGUUAAUAAUCUGACAUUUGAGUGACUCCUUCUUUACAACGAUGAUUCCCAACUGGUUGGUCCCGCUCCAAAAGUGGGUCCUGAGGGUAUUCUGAAUGGACCACAAGUGACUCACAAAUGUUUUAAAUCUGUAAAACCAUACCUUAUUUUGAAGUACAGUGAAUUUCUGGCACAGAGCUUUUACUUUGAAGUGCUGUUUCCUGCUGUAACGGUCAGCUGUAUGACAGAGACAGCAAAAUAGCCCAAUGACACAGCCAAACGCAAGUAUGACGCUGAAUAUUUUCACCUCUGUGGACCUUGAACAAAUGACUAAGGCGAAAUCUGGACCCCGUAGCUGCACCAGUUGGGAAUCACUGCUCUAUAACAUGUAAAGCAGUGAUUCCCAAAGGAAAAUGUUGUUGGAAAUUCUGCCGUGUUUCAAGCAUGCUCAACUGUAAUUGGAGCAAAGAGCAAAAAGGGCGGGACCUCAUUUAUUUAAGCAUUUUAUUAUAUGAUUAUUGAUGUAUUUAUAUAUUUAGUUUCAGCCCUUAAACCCUCUAUGAACCUCAAGGUCUGUGUGUGUGUUUAUGUGUGUUUUGGAUGCAGUCUUUGCCUCUUAACAAAUCUGUAAUUGAUGAAAAGUCUCAGACACACAUUUAUGUAAAAGAGUAAACAGAAUUUACACAUAGUGUCAGCAGCAAAGCAAGAGGUGCUAACAGAAAUUAAUCUUCAGUCAAAACCACCACUCUUCUUCUUCUGUGUGUGCGUCAAAUGAUUUUAUCACUGCCGUCUGUGCCUUUAACUCCAAAGUUCAGAUUUCAGAUGUGAAAUGUUGACACUAAAUCCUAUGUAAGAUAUAAUUUAGAUGUAAAUAGAGAUAUGAAGAUAUUAGUCGACUGAGAUGUUUUAUAUGACAUCAUUUUGUAUGGUGUAUACAAUCAUGCUAUUACAGUGUGUGCUAUGUAGACGAUGUAAAAUGUCUCUGGGUCCUUAAGAUUUUAAAUGAUCUAUUUAUGCUGAAGUCAGUAAGCGGUUGAAAAAUCCAGUUGUCUCGUUUCGUUCACUAUGAUGACACUCAGGUGGAUGCAGAACAUACUGUUGUUUAUACAAUUAAAGUUUGUGUCUCCUAA